AUGUUUUUCCGCAGAUUAUCCCUACUGUAUGUCUUUCUCGGGGCUUUGGUGGUUGCUGUCAUCAUAUUCAAUGUGCUGAUACUAUCUUCCAGUGACUCUGUUACUACUGCUGCUGCUAUCAGUAAUAGUAGGACUGGAGGUGCCAAAUACUUUACUGGUGGAAAAUCCUCUUUACAAGCACACGUUAAUAAAGUGGAUAGUCAAGAAUACAUUGAUGAAGUGAUGCAGGAGUUGGAGAACACCAAAAAAGAGGAGAUUCUUGCUGAAUUGAAACAAUCAGUAGCCAAGUCAGAAAAACCCAAGAUUGUUCAGGAGUUGAAGAAUGAGCUUCGACAAAAAUACCUUGAUGUUAUUCAACAAACUUUAAAAGAUGAAGUGAAGGAAGAACAAACUGGCGAGUUUUUCAAACAAAAUUCCGUGUCUUAUGCAUUGUUUGAACAAUUGGUCAACACUUAUGCCAAGGAACACAAAUCCGAUUUCAAACCAGCUGCAUUUUUGGAAAUUCUUAAAAAUGAAGUGCAUGAUUUUCCUCUGGAUUUCGAAUUGAAAGUCACUAAAGCUUCUGAGAGGUUUUUCGAUAAGUCCAGUUUCUUCAAACACUUGAUUAAGAAUGUUCUUGUUGCCAAUAAACCAAAUUGUGAAGCUUUCACUGAUGAAGAACGUGGUAAAAAAUUGAACCCAACUUAUCAAAAAGAUCAACGUAUAAUAUCGGAAAAAUAUCUUCGUGAGUCUAAUUUGAAAAUACCGAUUCCCAAAUUCAAAUGUUUGCAAGAAUCUCAUGAUAAUGUUGUCAAGACCUUGAAAUCGUUACCUGACCCUCCAAAGCAGUUUGUUUCUGGUUACGGUAUUGUUAUCAAUGGUGGUGGUGGAAUGAUUGCCAGUGCCUUGACAGCCAUCACAAACUUGCGUGAUCGCGGAUCUUCAUUGCCAGUCGAAUUAAUCUUGGAUACACCAGAAGAAUACGAUAAACAAAUUUGUGAAGAUUUAUUGCCAAAUAAGCUAAAUGGAAAGUGUGUGGUUAUACAAAACAUCCUAGGUAAAGAGGUGUUUGACUUGGUUAGUGAAAAAUUUGCCAGGAAAAUACUAGGAUUGAUUGUAUCAUCGUUUGAUCACACCAUUGCCUUGGACGCAGACAAUUUCCCGAUUAGAGACGUUGACAAUUUGCUAUACACCGAACCCUACCUUUCCACAAAGAUGAUUUUGUGGCCCGACUUGUGGGUCAAAUUGACCAGUCCCUUAUACUACAAAAUUGCUAGAAUCGAAAAGGGAGAACCAAUCCACCGAUUUGGUCUUGCCAAUGAUGCAAAAUUUUUAGAUUAUAUUCAAAAGGAUAAAGCAAGCGAAAUUCAUUUCCAUGAUUUUGCAAAUUUGCCAAGCACAAUCUCAGUUGAAACUGGUCAAAUGGUGUUUUCCAAACGUGAACAUUUCCGUGCUUUACUUUUAUCAUUGUACUAUAAUAUGAACUCCAAAGGUUGGUAUGAAACUUUGCUUUAUCAAGGUGCUUUUGGUGAAGGGGAUCGUGAAACCAUUGUUCCUGCAUUACAUGUAAUGAAUGAGCGUUAUCAUUUAACCAAUCAAAAAUUGUACCUUUGGGGAUACACUGCCGACAAUGGUAAAUUUUCCGAGACUACAUUGGGACAAACUGAUCCUCGUGAUAAUCCAGAGUUUUACCAUGAUUGGCAGAAAUUCUUAUCAACUAAGCAAUUGGACACCAGAUUGAAUCCAUUCCAAUCGGGUGGGUAUACUGAUCGGUUAAUUGAACAGUUCAAGGAAUAUAAAAAGAAAAUCAUUGAAGAUAAAAAGAUUGAAGAUGAGGAUACAGCGCACCGAUUGGUUGAAUACCAGUUACCUAAACUCUUGUUCCUUCAUUGCAAUCACCCAAAAAUUGAUCCCGUCAAGAAUGCACAAGAGGGCGAGUUUGGCACUUAUUCAAGAAGGAAUAUCGGACCAAUGGAUGAUAUCAAGUCCGUGUUUGGAAAAAGAGAUUGGGAAUUGCGUUUCCAUUCAAUAGCCAAAUGGGUUGCGUGCGAUGCCAUCAAGAGUCCCGAGUACUGGAAAAACACUGCCAAGAUUGAUCAACAAACUGUAUGUUUCAAACUUGACAAAUAUAUCGAGUUUUUGAAACUGGAUUCAUUUGAUUCCACUUUUGAAUUCAAAUCAGAAGAUGUUGAGAAGUUUUACACUGGUGCGAAAGGUGCCGCCAACGGAGCCGCCGCUGUGAAGGGAGCCAAUGGUGGAACUGAAGAUGAAAUCAAAGCUAUUGCAGCUCAACAAGCGCAGCAACAAGCCGAGGCUGAGGCGAAUGCCAAGGCCAAGGGCGAAGUUGAUGAUCCGUUGAAAGAAGAUGUCAAGGAUGGUGGAGCAGCUGCUAAACCAAAAGAGGUUGAAGUGAAUCAUCCACAAUAA